CUUUGUGCGCAUGCGUCGUAAUGAUAAAGGCAUACCGGAAUUCAAACUUAACAUUCUGCCCUUAGUUUUUGAAAGGCGCGAAGUGUGUGCGAAGUUGCCAAAGAAGUCAAAUUCUAAAAAUUGGAAGCCUUUUUUGUUUCUUUGUUUUUCAAACAGCAUGGAGAUGCCUGGGUUGAGAAGAGUUUACCUGUUAUUUGUCGGCAUAGCUGUAUAUUGCUGGUACCAAACUGAGGCACAAACUAUUACAGACGUACGCCUCGUCAAUGGCUCCAACAAUGCUGAAGGAAGAGUGGAGGUCUUGUACGGUGGAUCAUGGGGAACAGUUUGUAGUCGUUAUGGUUGGGAUCUAUUAGCUGCAAGGGUAGUCUGCAGAAUGCUCGGCUUCGACGGGGCGUUGGCAGCGCCUGGUUCGGCUAGGUUUGGGCAGGGAACCGGUGAUAUUCUUUAUGUCAGUUGUGAAGGAACAGAAGAAAGCCUGGCAGAUUGCUAUCUCGAUCUGGAGUAUGGAGCUUCCUACUGUAGACAUAACGAAGUUGUGGGUGUCAUAUAUUAUUCACAAAUGUCAGUCACAAUCACGAGCGAAUAUAUAUUCGAUUAUACGAAACGUGAUACAGCAUUCUCUUCAAAGCAUCCUCCAUUUACUUGGCAACUCAUUUGUGAAGAUUGUUAUUGA